CACACGGCUGUUGCGCUCUUUCCCUCUCUGUAAGGUUGUCGUAUGUUCCAAUACAGUAGUCGCCUACUCGGCUACGCCACUUGCAUACGCUAUUAACGUUGGCUGGAUCUGAGAAUGUAGAUGGGAAAAACGUUCUAAUUACAUUUUGGAGAAUACUAGGGCGACUCGACACUAUUUCAACAUAGUCAACGGUGUACUGUUCUCACACGCGUAACACAAUGGAUCUCUCAUUUAUGGCUGCGCAGUCUGUCAUGGCGGGGGCCUUCAUGGACUCGUCACCCAACGAUGACUACAGCACGGACCACUCCCUCUUCAACUCCUCAGCCAGCGUCCACGCGGCCUCCAUGGCAGCCCAUGACCAGCCGGAGAGGGAGCCCAUGUCCCGCGACGCCAUCUGGCUUUGGAUUGCCAUCACCGCCACCAUUGGGAACAUUGUGGUUGUGGGAGUGGUGUACGCCUUCACUUUCUGAGUGGUGGGAGCCAUGAUAAAGUGUUGCCAGCAGGAGGAAGUUGCUGCACAAGAUAUUUGAACAUAAGCUCAGAAACUUGAGAGCGACAUAAUCUCAGAACUCCACAGCAGCCAAUAACCACUCUGAAAGGCUACAUUGAUACAGAGGAGUGAAUGAUUAUUGCAUUGACAUCUUGUCCAUGCUUUUGAAAGACAAGGGACAAAUACAAAUACAGAAUUGAGUAUGUGUAAUAUGUUGGUAAUUUUACUGCAGCCAAAGGUUAAAAAAAAUGAUUUUACGUAAAAAUGUUAACAUUUCUGAUGAAGCUUUAAAUAUUGAACGGAUUCUAGAAAAUAGUAUACAGUGUUGUAUAGUCAACUCUGAAUAACCUCUGAGCUAAUUGGUCAAUUCUGAAAUCACCUAAAGGACGUACAUUAUUCCUACAAAACCUUUGUAACAUGCCAAUCGAAGCGUUUGGAGAUCAUUGUAUGGAAAGUAACACUGAUAUGUUUUUAUCUUCAAAGCAUUAUCUUCAAAGCAUUACUCCACAGAGGUCACUAUAUUCUAAAGACAUCUGCCCAAAGUUAGGAGUUUAUGACAAACAUUCUAGAAACAGAAUGCCUAAUGAUCUUAGAUUUAUUUACUUACCCCAUGAAAAUAUAGUUCACCUGACACUAUCGGCUUUGGAUCAAGUAAAUCUAGUUCUCCCCUUUCCUUCCUAAGUGAGCCUUGAGUCCUGAAUAGACAAUCCUUUCCGAGCAAAUUCAUAUCAAAUAAAGUAUGGGUACACUAAAACUAUUUCCCUCAAACACCCCUAUCAGACCUCAAAUCCACAUGAACGGGAUGUACGAUUUACAGAACUUGAUGUUCACUGUGACCACGCUUGUUAUGUUUGUUUCCAUUCUGUAUAGCAAUCCACUUUUCACAGAUAUUUACAUGUGGAAACCAGAUUUAUCACGCUUAGAACUCACUUGGAUCCAAGCCUCUUGAUGUGACUGCUGUAACCAUAACCAUUUAUGUGUCGGUCUGAAUGUAUAUUUGGAUAUAAGAUGAUCUUUCUUCCUCUUUACAGUUGCUCAACACAUUGUAACCCAAACUGCAUUCCAAGUCAAAUACUCAACAAAAGUAUAAACGCAACAUGUAAAGUGUUGGUCCCAUGUUUCAUUUGUUGAAAUAAAAGAUUUCAGAAAUGUUCCAUA